AUCAAAAUUAUCUUAAAGAGGAAUGGAUAAAAAUAAUGACCGAAGGAGGGACGAAGGAAGACUUUUAUCGAAUGUAUAAAGACAUCGAUGCUGCUGCAGACAUCCCUGCUUGUCUUUUCUGGGAAGAAAUUUCUGAAGCGUUCCCUGACGUAAAGCUUAUUUUCACAUGCCGGAGCAGUGAAGAUGAAUGGUUGCAAAGUUACCAACUACAGAUGAAGGCUAUUGCAGAUAAUUACUUUGUUGCUAUAUGGCCGUUUCUCUCUUGGACAGCUUACGAAAAUUUCCAAUUCAGCCACCAUGCAGGCCGCGUAGCGUUCUGUUGCCCUCCACAAAGAAUGAAUCAAGUUUACCAAGGUGGAAGUCCAACUGUUUUGAAAAAGAGAUACAGAGACCACAACACCAGUGUUUUACAGAGGGCACCGAAAGACCGGCUUUUAAAAAUGAAUUUGUCAGAUGGAUGGGAACCUCUGUGCAAAUUUCUUGGAAAACCUAUCCCGAACGUCCCUUUUCCACAUAAAAACAAAAAAAGAUCGGUUAUAGAGGAAAUCAAUAAAAAAAGCCCGUUUGCUCGUCAUAUCAAAAGAGAAAUGUCCAUAGCAAUAUUUGUCAUUUCAGUGUUAUUAGCUGUGGGUGUUUUCUUUUUGAGUAAAUCAUUUUUCUGA